ACUCGAAGCCGUUCGACUCGAUCUCAUCUCAACGAAAUCAUCCGUCCGAUGGCGGAGUGAGCCCCUCGACGCCGUGGGCCGCGGUGUAUAUCAACGGAGUCGAUCGAGGGUUGCGACCGCACGAUCGGGAUCAGAUCGGAGCGUGGGCCGGCGAUCGCCGCUUGAAUUUCUCCUCCGGCGACGAUGGAGCAGUUGUAUCCUUGCUUCGAGUGCUUGGAGCGGCAGGUCCAUUCUGAUCUCUCGACCGAUCUCUUCUUCCGCUAUGGGGUCUCCGACACCGCACUCCCCUUCGGUUCUUCCGCCGUCCUUCAGGUCUACUUGACGGGGGAAGUAGACAAUUUAUUAAGUGAGGAGGUCUCUGUUCAACUUGUUCUGAUGGGAUUAUUUAAUGAAAAGAUUACGUCCUUGGGGCAGAAUAUGGGUCCUUGCAGUUCUAGCGACUCUUCAGGAAGUCUUGGGGAUAGUGCAGGUGGUAAAGAUAAACAGUCUCCAUCAGAGGAAGGUCUGGUAGCUGUGGGUCAUGAAAUUUCUGUUAGCACUCAUGAUCAGCAAUAUCUUUUAAGGGUCAUUGCUGCAAUAACUCCAGAUGCCUAUGUUGGUAGAGCUUCUUAUGCCACAAUCAGAAACCUCAGUUUAAAGUAUUUGUCCGGAGCACUUGGGAACAACUCCAGUUCAUUAGUAAAUUUUUUUAGAGAAGGAAGAACUACUGACUAUGAUGUUGCAAACUUUCUAAAGUUAGUUGCUUACCCUGCUUCUGCAAGCAAUCUUAUAGGUAGUAUUAGACACCCUAAUAUUUUCCCCGUUUUAGGUAUUCUAGAAGCACCUGUAUAUUCAUACUUAUUGCAUCCUAAAGCUCCAUAUACUCUGGAAAAUGUUUUGAAAUAUAGCCCCACAGUUUUGAAGUCCGAUUGGCACAUAAGAUUUUUGACCUACCAGAUUCUUUCUGCUUUAGCAUACAUCCAUGGGUUAGGAUUUGCCCAUGGUAACAUAAGCCCUUCGAGCAUACAUUUGAAUGAAUCACUUUGGGCAUGUCUGAACAUUAGUGAGAUGGCGUGCUUGAAAGAAGCUUCUCAUUCUGCUUCCAGAAAAGCAUGUUGUUUCGCAGAGGAGUGCCCUUGUCAAGAAAUUUAUGCUGACUUUGGAUUGUCAACAUCUAUGACUUGGAGUACCAGUUUCAGGCGCUGGUGGGCAGGUGAUCUGAGCAACUAUGAGUACCUUCUUUUGUUAAACAAGCUAGCUGGUAGAAGGUGGGGUGACCACUCAUUCCAUAUGGUAAUGCCCUGGGUCAUAGACUUCAGUGUGAAACCUGAUGAAAAUUCUGAUGUUGGGUGGAGGGACCUUACAAAAAGCAAAUGGCGGUUGGCCAAGGGUGAUGAACAAUUGGAUUUCACAUAUUCUUCGUCGGAAAUUCCUCAUCAUGUUUCAGAUGAAUGCCUCUCUGAGCUAGCGGUCUGCAGUUAUAAAGCAAGAAGGUUACCUUUGUCAGUACUUCGGUCUGCUGUGAGAUCUGUUUACGAGCCUAAUGAGUAUCCAUCAAGCAUGCAGAGACUUUACCAGUGGACUCCAGAUGAGUGCAUUCCUGAGUUCUAUUGUGAUCCUCGAAUUUUUACAUCUCUUCACUCUGAGAUGAGUGACCUGGCAUUGCCAUCUUGGACAACAUCGCCAGAGGAUUUUAUUUUGAUACAUCGUGAUGCGUUAGAAAGUGAUCGUGUAUCACGACAAAUUCAUCAUUGGAUUGACAUCACCUUUGGUUACAAACUCUCAGGCGAAGCAUCUGUUGAAGCCAAGAAUGUGAUGUUGCCUACUUCUAAUCCAUCAACACCAAAGUCGACGGGGCGCUUGCAACUUUUUACUAAACCACACCCUAUGCGGCAUGGUGUCACGCCACAUUCUCAGUAUCAUGGCCUAAAAGAAUCAUGUUUCAAGUGCCAACUGCAACAUGAAGGGAAAGAAAUAUCUAGCAUCACUAAUGGAUCCUCACAUUUGGAUCCUGAGGAACUUCUUUCAGGAACUAGGUAUUUGGACAAUCUAGAGACAGCUACUCUAUUUUGUGAACAAACACGCUACCUUGAUUCUGUUUAUAAUUACCAGGAGGGGUUUCUUGACUAUACUUGCUCUUUAAAGUCUCAGCUAAGUGAUCUUUCUAUCAUAGGCACUCUAGAAAAAACUAGCGAUACAACUUCAGUUCCAUCCGAUUUUGAUUUGGGUUGCCUUCUCGAGUGCUUUGAGGCUGAUGAUAAUCUCUCCAUGGGCUUUCAAGAGUCUCUCAACUGGAGACAGAAGUCAUCAUAUUUGGGGGUAUGUUCUGAUAAGUAUGCCAAGGACAUAUUCUCUUAUGGUUGCAUAUUGGCUGAACUUUAUUUGAAGAGACCACUUUUUGAUACUGUCUCAUUUGCUGCAUACAAAGAAAGUGGUGUCAUGCCAGGAGCAAUUCAGGAACUGCCUCCUCAUGUUGCACUUCUUGUUAAAGCAUCUAUCCACAGGGAUUGGAGAAGGAGGCCAUCAGCAAAAUGCUUUCUCGAGUCACCAUACUUUUCUCCAUCAGUCAGGUCUGCAUUCUUGUUUCUUGCACCACUUCAGCUUUUGGUUAACAGUGGUUACUGCUUUCAGUAUGCUGCUAAGCUUGCAAGUGGAGGAGCCCUCAAAUCAAUGGGGGCGUCUGCUGCAGAAAUGUGUGCCUCUUUCUGCUUACCCCUUAUGACAUCAUCUCUUUCGGAUAUUGAAACUGAAUCAGCUUUGUGUCUACUAAAGGAAUUUAUAAAUUGCUUGAGUUCUCCUGCUAUAAAAGCAUUGAUUUUGCCCAUCAUUCAGAAGAUUUUACAGGCAUCACAAUAUUCUCAUCUGAAGGUUUCUCUCCUUCAGGACUCCUUUGUGAGGGUUUUAUGGAAGCAAUUGGGUAAACAAGCAUAUCUGGAGAAGAUGCAUUCUUUUGUUAUUGCAAAUUUAGUCAAUCCACCUAACAAAGUAACUGCAUGUGCUGCAUCUGUGGCACUGAUUGGUUCAAGCGAUGAGCUUGGUUAUCCUAUCACAAUUCAUCAGACUAUCUUACCACUAAUCCAUUCCUUUGGAAAAGGACUCUGUUCUGAUGGAAUUGAUGCUUUGGUUAGAAUUGGUAGCCUUCUGGGAGAAGCUUUUAUCAGCGGACAGCUCUUGCCUUUACUUAGAAAUAUUAUUCUCUCAUGUAUCAAUGUUUCACAGAUCAAUAAGCCUGAACCCAUGCGUAGCUGGAAUGUGUUAACUCUGAUUGAUAGUUUUUCUACUUUAGAUGGUCUCAUUACGGUCAUGCCAAAAGAGGCCAUUCUAAAAGAGCUGAUUCAGGACAAAGUUUGCCUCCAUGUUAGGGUUCUUAUGCAGACUCAGUUGGAUCUAUCUGUCGUUCAGGUUGCUGCAGCCGCACUAAUUUCACUCUGUAAAAGGCUUGGGCCAGAUUUCACCAGCUUGUAUGUAUUGCCACAACUGAAAAAUUUGUUUGAUGAGCUGGCCUUUUCCCAAUCAGCAACCCCCAGACCUGAUGCAUCUGGAAGGAAUGUCAGGAUCUCUAAGCAAAAAGUGGAAGAGGACAUCCGGAUUGAGAGUAGAAUGGACCUUGUUUUGCUGCUGUAUCCUUUCUUGGCAUCUCUUAUUAGCAUAGAGAAACUUCGUCAAUGCUGUUCUACAUGGUUUCUUUUGGAGCAAAUUCUUCAAAGAUACUACAACUGGAAGUGGGAUAUUGUGGGCGAAACUCAUAGAAGUAGUGGUGAAAGUUUUAGUGCUCAAAGGCUUAGUAUUGGCAGAAUUUCUUCCUCCGUCUACAAUCCAGCAAAAUUACUGCUAAAUGAUGUUGGCUGGUCUGUACCACAAUCUCAAGGAGCUAAAAGUGGCACAAGUCUGUUAAGUUCCAACAAAGAUAUGAAUGAGUUUCCAUAUACUGAAAAGUUUAAGCUCUCUGAGCAGCAUUAUGGUACCACAGAUCUCAAGAAUUAUAUGCCAUGGUUUUGGUUCCCUAGUCCUGAUGCUAGCUCAGAUGCGCCUGAUUUUCUUGGUCGCAGUGGAAGCUUGAAAGAUGAACCACCUUGGAAGAUCAAAGCAUCGGUUCUUUACUCAGCCCGUGCACACCCUGGAGCAGUGAGAUCAAUAGCUGUUUGUCAUGAUGAAUGUACAUUUUAUACUGGAGGUGUUGGUCCUGGAUUCAAGGGUAGUGUUCAGAAGUGGGAAUUAGCAAGAAUGAAUUGCAUAUCGGGCUAUUAUGGCCAUGAUGAGGUUGUAAAUGACAUAUGUACAUUGUCUGUAAGUGGAAGGAUAGCUUCUUGUGAUGGUACCAUUCAUGUAUGGAACGGUGAUACUGGAAAAUUAAUAUCAGCAUAUGCCGAAUCAUCAAUAAGCUUCCCGUUGCCAACUGCCAAUAAGGUGGCUAUAGAGCAAAGCAACAUGCUUAUAGCCAAUGAACUCACUGGUGGCAUACUGUCUAAUGCAUUCAGUGGUAGUUUGUACACCUGCAUGCAUUACUUAGACUCGGUAAACAAACUUGUUGCUGGCAUGGGAAACGGUUCAGUCAGGUUUAUUGAUGUUUUGCAAGACCGCAAACUGCAACUAUGGAAGACUGAUGCUGCUGAAUAUUCUUUUUCAUCUCUUGUGUCAGCCAUUUGCUCUUGUGGUUCUGAAAACAUUCAAGCAGAUGGAGGCUCAAGUCUCCCCUCCUGGAUUGCAACUGGUCUGAGUUCAGGUCAUUGUAGGUUGCUUGAUGUGAGGUGUGGCAACAUAAUUGCCCGUUGGAGGGCACAUGAUGGUUAUAUUACGAAGUUGGCUGCACCAGAAGAUUAUCUGCUUGUAUCCAGCUCAUUUGACAGAAGUUUGCGGGUUUGGGACCUAAGAAGGAGCCUAGCCUCUCAGUUAAAUGUAUUUCGAGUCCAUUCAGAUGCCAUCACUAGCUUUGCGAUGUGGUCUCAAGAUGUGAUCUCAAUUUCCAGAAAUAAAAUUGCUCUGACAUCUCUUUCUACAUCGGCAGAUCAACAGGGUGGACGGUACCAACUUUCGCCUCAGACAUUGUAUUCUGCCGAUAGAGGAACAAGAAGCCAAUCGGUUCUCUCCACGAUAAGCAUUCUUCCUUUCUCGAGGUUGUUUCUUGUUGGAACAGAAGAUGGUUUUCUGAAGGUCUGCUGCUAGAUAAAGAGUUAAUCAAGUAGCAGGGCAGUGAUCUACCAAACCUGUGAGCUUCUCGGUGGCUUGUAAGCAUUCUCUGCCAACCUAUUGUACAGUUUGUGCAUCGGUUGUGUUGCAUAUUUUUCAUGAUAGCAAAAUAACGAUACCUUGUAGAUCUAACGUCCUCUUUUUAUGUACAUUUAAUCUAUUAUUUAGAUAGAUAGAGUGAACAAAUUUGAAUUAUUUUUCCCUGCAAAAUCGGUGGUUACUGAAACCUACGAGGUUCGUUGCACUGUAAGAUGGAACAUGAGGCUGAUAGCUGGGUUCUGGCGUCCAAAGCUCACAUCACCAGCGGCUUGGUCUCAAGAAUUAAAAUCUCCAGAUCACAUCGGCAACGGCCUGGUCGUAAGUGUUUUUUUUUUCUUUUUCUUUUGGUCUUAGGGUUUAAUAAUUCAGGCAAUGGACAUGUAUCGAUCAUUGACAGAACCGUUUUGUGUCUAAUUUGUAUCGAUAUACCAACAUACGAAAAGGGGGGGGAGGGGAUUUGUCUCAGUUUGUCAGAACCGUAAUGUGUCUAAUUUAGAUAGUUGGUAUUUGUCUCGGUUUGUCAUUGGGGACACACAUGUAUCGAUCGGUAAUGGAUGGUAUUUAGAAUCA